AAAGUGGCCAAUGUACUUUUGUAAUUUUAGUUUCCUUUGUGAGAGCCGGCCGAUUGUAUACAAGUACAUUUUUAACUGAAAAAUCACUUGCGCUUGUGGAAGCUGAUCAUGAGGGGCCAUCUUCCGGCGAAGUUCAACGCCGAUUCACCGGGCGAAGAUGGCGAUCCCUUCCGCACUAACAACCACUUGCCGGGAGGCGUAAUCGUUGGGGCUGGGCUACGGAAGAAGGCCGCGGGGAUCCGGCAGUGGCUUCUGUUGGACGCCACAGGGCAAGCGCAGGUGGUGGAGGUCGGAAAACAUGCUAUCAUGCGGCGGACUGGUCUCCCGGCCCGGGAUCUCCGUAUUCUGGACCCACUCCUCUCCUACCCUUCCACCGUUCUCGGCCGUGAACGGGCAAUCGUCAUAAAUCUGGAGCAUAUCAAAGCCAUUAUCACCGCCCAAGAGGUCCUUCUCCUCAAUUCCAAAGACCCAUCUGUUUCCCCUUUUGUGGACGAGCUUCAGCACAGAAUAUUGCGUCACCACCAAGCUACCAAGUCUCAGGAAGCUGGAGCAGAGCUUGGUGAUGCAGACUGGGCAAACCUGUAUGCAUUUGAAGACCCACGGUCAAACAGAACAAGCCCUCAAAACUAUUCUGGGCAGUUCCCAGCUAAGGACGAGGAGGGGAGAGCAGAUGGGAAACAGCAAGCUGGUGAGAACCGAGACGGGCUGAAGCUUCUUCCAUUUGAAUUUGUUGCACUUGAGGCGUGUCUUGAAGCUGCUUGCAGUUGCUUGGAUAGUGAGGCGAGAACAUUGGAGCAGGAAGCUCAUCCUGCUUUAGAUAAACUGACUUCAAAAAUUAGUACUCUGAAUUUGGAGCGUGUCCGUCAAAUUAAAAGUCGCUUGGUUGCAAUAACUGGGCGUGUUCAAAAGGUAAGAGAUGAGCUGGAACAUCUAUUGGAUGAUGAUGAAGAUAUGGCUGAAAUGUAUUUAACAGAAAAACUUCUACAACAGCAUGAUGGUUCUUCUGUUUCCUCCAUAAAUGAGCAAGAUAUGGAUGAUGUAGUCAACAAGGAAGACUUCAUUGAUGGGAUUCCUGCAGAAAUAUCAAUGGUAGCAAAUACAGGUUCAACAAGUUAUGGUGUUGAUCCUCUACAUCUUGAUCACCAGCCUGAAAGAUUAAACACACUUGGGCGAGGUAGUCAAGGAACAGGGACAAGUACAACACAUAGUUCUAUUAGCAAGCACCUUGAUGUGGAGGAGCUUGAAAUGCUAUUAGAAGCUUACUUUGUUCAGAUUGAUGGCACAUUGAAUAAACUCUCCACACUGAGGGAGUACGUAGAUGACACAGAAGAUUACAUCAACAUAAUGCUCGAUGACAAGCAGAACCAUCUUCUGCAAAUGGGAGUGAUGUUGACUGCAGCAACCCUUGUCAUAAGUGCCUUUGUGGUUGUGGCAGGCAUUUUCGGUAUGAAUAUAAAUAUCGAUUUGUUUGAUCCCGAAAAGGCCGGGAUGCCGGAGUUCUUGUGGACCAUUGGAGGUGGUUGCACUGGCAGUAUUUUUCUCUAUGUGAUCGCAAUUGCUUGGUGUAAGCACAAACGUUUACUCGAGUAAACGUUCAGAGAAUUGCGCUGUAUGAAACUAUGAAGAUAUCCUUUUGUAAUGUCUCUUAUGAGUUGUAUGUGAUAUUAUUGCCCCUCGAUGCAUUUCAAGAUCUUUAGAUAGAGUUGCCAUGUUUAGUUUUUUAAAUGUAAGUCCAAAUCUUACCCCUAUUCUCUUCAAUGUACCAAAAAGAGAGAUGUCUUGAUGAUGAUCCCAAUUCUUAUCACUCCCUGGGCACCAUUCAACAAGGAUGUUGUUUGUUCAUUGGAGUCAUGAAUAAGGUAAAAAAGGAGUUACCAAAGUGAAUAAAGAAAUGGUACAUGCACUGAUGCACCUUAUGUUUAUCACAAUAUGUGACAUACAAAUAAUAUACUAUCUUUGACUUCAACAUGAGUAUUGUUAGUAGUGGAUGUGCUGAAAUUAAAC